CACAUUAUGUGUCAGACAUGGGAGAUGUAGUGUUACGGUAUGGGUAUGUUAUUUAUGAAAUGUGAAAAGCUAAUUUUUGAGCCAAUGAUUUGGAGAAAGUGGAAGGGAAAACGUAACAUGCAGAGGUAGAUAAAGCUGCUGGAUGCUGACCGCUCAUGUUACUUGAAAUGCUGCCUUUGCCAUCUUGUGGCGUUAAUAAAAACCACAUCAGAAUAUUGUCUACAGCCACAGAUGUUAACAUUUUUUGACCCAUCACUAAUUAUAGACACUGGCAGUUAUUUAUUUUUGUAGACCACACACCCUGCGACUAUAGGAGAUUAUGUGUUAAUUGAAUUGGAACAUUUCAUUGGAAAAAAUAUUUUUAAUUUUGUCAUUGUCCAAAACUUCUGGUGGUUCUUUCAGGCUUUCUUCAUUAUUUCUGCUGGUUGCUUGUGCUCCUGCUGUUGCUCUGCUCUGUUGCACUACUUGCUCACAAGAGCAAGAUGAUCUCUCUGAACCAGAGAUUAGAAAGUGGUGCGAGGCAUCCAUCCAGGUCAGUGAGCCUCGAGAUGUUUACAGACCUCUUGUUACAUUUGGAGGCUCGUUUCCAGACUCAGAGGCAAGAACUGUGGACGAGGAGCAGGAUUCACUUGGAGAAGCACCUCCAAACAGCCCAGCCCACAGAGCCCGUCAGUCUGAUUCUGACAUCUGGGCGCGGGGCUGAAAAGACACUGUCCUGCCUGGCACAGGGCCUGGCUUCCGCCUUUUCGUCAGCCCUCCAAGCUUCCACGCUCCACAUAGAUGGAGCAAGCAAAGCAGGCCAAGGGAGCGACGAGGUAAAGCUGGACAUCGACAGGCAGUUGCAGGCAGCCUUUGGAGGAAGCCAACUGGCCGCAGUCAUCCAUCGCCUGGAGGAGCUGCCACCGGGUUCCACGCUAAUUUUUUAUCGCUACUGUGACCAUGAAAAUGCCGCAUACAAGGAGGCCUUCCUAUUAUUUACCAUCCUGCUGCCUCAGGAUGAGGUCAGAGGUGAGCUCAGGUUUGUGGAGGAGAUGGUGCAAGACUAUCUCAAGGACAGACUGGUGGGCUCCAGCGACCAAAUAGCUUUCGACGAUAUGGACACAGACAAGUAUGGCGGACUGUGGAGCCGCAUCUCCCAUCUUGUCUUGCCUGUGGUGGCCGAGAAGGAAGUCGAGCAGAACGGAUGCUGAGGAGAUGACCCCAGAAUUUGACACCCACCAGUGCGUAAAAGACAGGGUUGAGGCAGCAGUGGGAGAAUGCCAGGAGCCGGCACACGUAAAAGGCGUAAUCAAGGCGUAUACUUAUGUUGCACUCUUCAAACGGCGGAACCAAAUUAUCGCUCAAAAGGCGGAGAAAGAUCACCACGUUGUACGGAACCCAGCCCAGGAAGAACACGGCCACAAUACAGAAAACUAAUUUAACCGCUCGGCUCUUUAUGUGGGAUCUGCUUCUUGUCAUUCUCCAGAGUAUUUUACAAUAGCAGAAUGCCAUGACCACUAACGCCACCAAGAAGAAGAUGUUCUGUUGGCAAACAGCAACCUUCUCCCACAGGACAUCCGCAUAUUCACAUCCCAGGGAGUGAUGGUCCUCCUGGGGGAUGGAGAUGACUGUGCUGAAGAGCAGUGAGGGCACAGCAGCUCCGACGCUGAUUAUCCACAAGACAAUGGAUAUGAAGACCCCUGCGCUUGUGUUCUGUGGUCUCAGGUCAGACAGCGGUCGGACCACCGUCAGAUACCUGUAGAUGGUCAUGGCGGUCAGGAAAAGAACGCUACUGUAGAAGCCAAUGAAGAAAACAAACGUGAUCACUUUGCAGAAGAUCUCAUGAAUCAGCCAUCCCCAGAUGUCAUACACGGCCCAGAAGGGGAGGCCGCUGGUGAAGACCAGGUCGGACAGGGCCAGAUUGAAGAUGAAAAUGUUGCUGAGGGACUUGAGGUUCUCAUACAAGGCCAAGAUCACUAGGACGAGGAUGUUGCCCACGAGACUCAGCGUGACCACGACA